AUGGGGUUUUCAGUCCUUGCCGUUGCUGCAUUGGCAGCGAGUGCUUUGGCAAUCAACAUACCCACAGCUCCUACCUGGCCGUCAGGGAGAUGCACGGAUAAGUCACUGACCAUCCCGAGCUGGAUUCUCUCGGAGUAUGAGGUUUCUGGGGGUGUCACGACCUUCAAGGUCGACAACCGUGCUGCAGACCCUACAGGGAUAUAUGCCAUCGUUGAGUGCAAAGGAGAAGGUUUAUGCGGGGGAAGCUCCGGCACCUCACAGAUGACUGUAAAUUAUUCCAAAGGCCCUGACGGCCCAGUCAUCUCGAUGAGCCACUUUUGGGUAUGUGGGGAUGAAGGUGACAAGGUCGUCUUUACGGCAAGCGGAAGCACUACUAUCACCCAAUGUGCUGGAUCUGAUUGUGUUUCUCCAAUACCAUACCUUAUCCACGGCAUCCUCAGUCUUCCGGUCCCGCUCACGCCGACCCAGCCGUCGCCUCCUCCAGGCUAUGAUGCUGAAUCAUGUGCGACUGUUGGCGACAAGCAGUGGACUGUAACCGAUGUUUCGUACCAAAGCUAUACCAAGGGUCAGUGUCUCCUGUGGUACUGGGAAGACCGUAUCUGUCUAGACAACAACGCCUCCUCCGACUUCGUGACCAGGGGCAUACACCUCAACCUCAACGUGACAAACAAUGCUAUCAAUCACGAAGUAAGCUGUAGCUUCACGCCAACAUACGACGAAUUCGCCCCUCCCUAUCCUUUCCGGUGUACAGGAGGAGAAUUCAAUGAAAUUACUCUUGAUAUAACUUUAUCUGGUACAGUGCCCAAUUUAGACAUAAAGGUUGAAGAAGUGUGGUACUGCCUCGAGAACCCAUCGACUAACGUCAACCCGACCGUAAUUUCCGCUACUGGUAGCGCCUCACUGCAGCUUACAUGCGCCUCGAGCACUGGCAUUACAGGCACAGAAGACGACAUUAUUACUAAAUGCACCAGCUCAGUUCCAUCGACUGCCGUUGAUGGAACUCAAGCAGACAAACAGACGCUUCAAGAAUUCGCUCUCGUAACUGCGUACCCCGUUCACGGCGGGUGCACUUUUGAUAGCGUUGUUAGCCCAACUUGGUAUUUCCGCGCCAUGCAAUUCAAGACGACCGAAUUCCCAGCAGAUGAUCCAAACAGCGCGAUGCUGGCAGGUUUUACGACUGGCUUGACUGGUCCAGGCUUUGCAGACUAUUUUUUCUAUUACUUCGAUACCAAGAAUAUUAUAUCGGGGAGUGGCCUGGAUACGGUGUACGACUGUUACGGAUUAGGCAACGGCCAACCAAUUCACUGGAAGUGCAACUAUAGCUUUAAUCCGUUUACAAGGGUUAUUAGACUCGACAAAGUGUGGCAGUGUAGCGACAAGAACGAGGCACACCCAAUUUAUUUUGAAGGCUCGGGUACUUUCGACUGGAGCAUAUAUCCCUACGCUAGAUGCACUACCAGCGAUACCUAUCUCGACUGCUACUAUAGCGGCGACUUGGCGAUCUUGCAGCCCGGAAUCCCAUAUGAUAUUCCAAAGGUUACGACAAGCCUGACUAAUGCGCCACAGUCCCGCAUUGAGACUUCGAGGGUAAAUGCGAAGUGGGCCGUAGCCAACUAAGGGCAAAUCAGGUAGUG